GGACAUUAUUCUCCAUGGGCUAUACAACGCUCUGGAAGCGGCUUUCUCCGCGACAGCUCAACCUAUCCAUCCAGAUCUUUUCCAUUCUAGCUAUUUUCUUCGAGGGGUAUGAUCAGGUGGGCAUAGGGCGGGAUGAUGGAACGGUGACGGAUACCACGCAUGAAGGCGGGAUUGUUAGCAUCCAUUACCUGGGAUGCAUUUUUGGGUGCUUUGCUGGUGACUGGCUGGCGGAUCGAAUGGGUCGGAUCAAUGGCUUGCUUGUUGGAGCUUUGUUUGCUCUUUUUGGGGGCGCUCUGCAGGCUGCCGCGCAGAGAUCGGAUUUCAUGCUGGUUGCUAGGAUAGUGACCGGUGUUGGUACAGGAGCUCUGACUGGCAUCACCCCCGUGCUGGUGGCUGAGACUUCUGCGGCCAAUCAUCGAGGGGGGUCUCUGGGGUAUAUCUUCAUUGCAAACUAUCUGGGGAUCUCGGUUGCCUAUUGGUUAUCGUUUGGCCUGGCGUUCGUCAAUCACGGUGACUCGGACAUCCGAUGGCGGUUUUUGCUGGCGUUUCAAUGCAUUCCUGCCAUAUUCCUCAUUCUGGCUAUCAAGGUUCUGCCAGAUAGUCCGCGCUAUCUGGCAUCUAUUGGACUGCGACACAGCAAGCCAAGUUCUCCCAUUGCAUUCGUAAAGAUCCUCUGUGGCAAAGGGGGAUGGCCGGGCUCCAGUCUUGGACGACGGGCAUGGCUGUGUCUCUUUCUUCAGAUCAUGGCAUCCUGGACUGGAAUCACAGCGAUAACUGCGUACUCACCCGUACUCCUCUGCCAAGCCGGCUAUAGCGAGAUCAAACAGAACGGUCUUGCCGGGGGUCUAAAUACCAUUGGGAUCAUAGGCACUAUUGUCAGUGCACAGAUUGUUGAUCGUCUGGGACGACGAAUUUGCCUUAAGUUGGGCUCUGCAAUACUAUUCACAGUUGAGCUAGUUGCCGGGGCUGUGUAUGAAGCCUCGCUUCAUCACCCCGACAAAGCAGCCCAGUAUGCUCCUAGAGCGGUUGCCAUGCUCUUUCUUUUCAAUCUAGGAUACGCAUCCACCUGGGGCACCGUCGCCUUUCUCAUCCCAGCAGAAAUCUUCCCUUCAGAUCUCCGAGCCCAAGGAAACGGAUUCGGUAUCACCGGCUGGGCCAUCGGCGUCGGCAUGACAACUCUCGUCAACCCUAUCAUGUUCAACAAUCUCCAAAGUCGGAGUUACUUCUUGCUUGCGGGGUUGAAUCUCCUAUGGAUUCCCGUGGUGUAUCUCUUCUACCCAGAGACUUGUAAUCGGUCGCUUGAGUCUAUUGAGGCUUUGUUCUCGACGACUAGUCCGUUUUCUUGGGAUAUGGAGGAAGCGUAUCGUCUGCGUGGGGAUGUGCUUGUCGAUCGGGUUGAGGCUGGGGUUGUGAAUGGGGAUGCGUCGAAGGGAGCAGAAAUUCAGAAUUAGUGUGCAUCGGACCCUAUACUGCAUUGCUUAUUGGGAGAGUGAUAGACGAAGAAGAGUUCAGGCAUACUGGGCUGAACUCUCUCCACACCACUAUCUAGGCCGAUUGAUUCAUGUUCUCCAGAAUUGUUUUACCCUUGCUCCAUGAGUUCGG